AUGAUCUCGUACGCGCUGAAGGCUGCAUGGUUCGCUCUUUCUCUAUCGGGUCUUUUGAGUAGUUUGGUGGCCCUGCGUUACUCCGUUGUCGCCCUCGGAGGACACUGGAUACCCGUGUCAUACGCCAUUGCCAAUACGACGAUGCAGACUACGUUCUGCCUCGGCAUGAUUUGGAAGAUGAACCCGUACGCAAUGCCGUCAGGGUUCUGUAGACUCCAGGCCGCACUGGUUACCCUCUCAUGGUUCGCUAUGACUGGCCUGUGCGCCAUCAUGUCAGUCUCCACGUCAUUGACGAUCGUGCGUGCCCGGGGGAAAGUCACCAUGGCGGAAUUCCAACGUUCCCUAGAGUGGCGUCCCGUAUACAUGCCCAUCUUGUGCGGCAGCCUGGCAGUAUUCUUCACGAUCUUCCUUGUUGUCUCGCUCAAGCUGCAUGCGCUCGAGGGAAGCGAUGGCUUGCAAUGCGAUGUCGCGGGUCCUGCCUGGAUCCGUCUCUUGGGUUAUGCCGGUAUACCCCUUCUAUUCGCAAUACCCUCCCUUGUGCUCGCUUGUGCCUCCAUGUUCCUGCUGUGGUCCAGUCGACAAGGAUCCGCCAACCCCCCCGCGGAUCGCGAAGCCCCCAGGGCGGCGGAUGCCUUCACAACAGCCCCGAUACGCCGCUCUUUCUCCACGAAGCGGUUCUCUGCACGGACCUUCGAGCCCGACACACCCAUCGAGCCCGAGCCAGAAACACCCGCUUCGGCCGUCUUCGACGCAGACGUGCGCGAAGCCUCCAGAAGCGUGUCGGCCACCCCGUCCGGCGAGCCCAUGAUCUACAUCGUCCCGUCGCGGACGCCGUCCGACCACGCGCGGCACAGCGUCGGGCGCGCGCCCAUCAGCCCCGUCGUCGCGCGCCACAGCCGCCACUACCACCUGCCGUUCUCCUGGAAGUCCGGCUCGACGCUCUCCGUGGGGAAGCUGUCCGCGGACGCGCGCCCGAGCCGCUCGCCGCGCUCGCCCUCGCCGAUGUCCUUCCUGCCGCACAUGUCCUCGAGCAGCGCGCGCACGAGCCCCGAGAGCCUCCACGUGUGCCCGACGCUCAUGUACGGCCAGCCGACGUCCUCGACGUUCCUGAUGGACCUCGGCGACGGCUCCGCGGACGGGCACGCGCAGCGGCAGAGCGGCGUGUUCUGGGACGAGGCGACGGGCGCGUUCGUGUACGACGGCGAGGACGACGGCGAGGACGCGGACGCGGACACCGCGAGCGGCUCGAUGCGCUGGGCCCGCCCGUCCGACGCGUCCGACUCGACCAAGUCGCCCGAGCUCGAGUUCGCCAGCCCCGCCCCGGGCGAGGGCGCCAUGAUGUACACCUACCCGAAGCGGCCGCCGUCUUCCGACGCGGCGGCGUCCACGCCCGCGUGGCGCAAUGCGGAUGUGUGGCGGACGCUCUUCUUCGAGACCUUCCUGUCCGUCGCCCAGAUCGUCGGUGCGGUUACCUCGCUCGCGGACGUCUUUUCGGCGCGCGGCGCGCCCACGCCCUUUGGCUCGCAGCACGUCGCGUUCCUCUUCUUUGCGUGGGCGCCGACAAUAGCGUUCGGCGUGCUCCCCUGGCGGCGGCUCAUGUCGCUCGUCCACUGA